UAGUAAUUUACCUCGGUUAUAGAAGUCGUACCUCGAGGGGUAAAGCCGAUUAGGAAACACACGUCAGCACAGGGGUCAUACAUAGGUGUAUCUCUUGUGUAACCCCAGCCUCUUUAGCAUAGUAUCAUUGUUAAAGAGCUGAGGUGUCCCCCAUCCAAACGGUACUUCGUUACAUCAACCAGACAUCAACUGUUUCCUAGACAGUUGUAAACAUUCACAUCUCCUCUAGUCGUCAUAAUGCCUCGAAAGUCCCCCUAUCCAGACAUUGAUAUUCCUCACUGCAAUCUCCUUUCCUAUUUGUUUCCAGGUGGUGAAAAGCUCUCGAGUACUCCGCUGUGGCUAGACGCACUGGAUCCAUCUAAAAGCUUAUCUCCUGCUGAAGCCCUAAUAUGGAUCCGGCGGCUUGCAGUGGGCUUUAGCAACUUGGGCAUCCCAGAAGAAAGCACAAUUAUGUUGAUGACGCCGAACCACAUAUACGUGCCAGUAGUUUAUCUUGCUACUGUGGGAUCCAAAAGACGGUUUACCGGCGUCAAUCCAGUCUUUACGCCUAAAGAAGUCGCGUACCAACUAAAGGCGUCCAAAGCGGCGGUCUUUCUGGUUCAUCCAAGUUCUCUGGAGAAGGGAUUGGAGGCAGCUCGCCGUGUUAACUUUCCAUAUGAUCGAAUCUACCAGUUUUCGGACAAUGCACUCACAACGAACAGUGCUGUUCACGAUUGGAAGGAUAUCUUGGCCUCUCAAGGAGAGUCUAGUCAGUGGUCAUGGGAUCCUCUUCUUGGUGACGCAUCUUCGACAACUGUGGCAGUGAUCAAUUUCUCCAGCGGCACAACAGGGCUUCCUAAAGGCACUUGCAUAUCCCACCGCAACAUCGUGGCAAACGCCGCCCAAAGCAUCUUUACCAGAUUCUACACACCAGAGGCUGACAGCGCGAACAACCCAAUAACUCGGGAGAGAGGGCUUAGCUUCCUACCUAUGUACCAUGCUUAUUCUCAGCUGUGGACGGUCACUAUUCCAUGCAAACUGGGCAUUCCUACUUACGUGAUGCCGCGCUUUGAGUUUGAGGAAUUCCUGCGCUUGAUCGAAGCAUACAGGAUAACCAGUGUUCAAUUAGUCCCCCCGGUGCUUAUCAUGCUCAGUAAGCGAGAAGAGUCGUCGAAGUAUAACUUGCAAAGUCUCAAACAUAUCAUGUGCGGAGCAGCUCCACUGUCGCGCGAACUUCAAAAUGAGAUAAGCAGUCGUUUUGAUGUGACGAUUGCACAGGGCUGGGGAAUGACUGAAGUUACCUGUGCGGGCACUAUGGUACCCGGGUUUCUUCACGACAAUACUGGCAGCGUUGGAACUCUGGCUCCUAAUUCUGAAGCUAUUCUUGUUGGCGAGAACGGGAAUGAGAUUCUCGACGAAGGCGAACCAGGGGAGAUUUGGUUCCGAGGCCCGCAGGUCAUGCUGGGAUAUUUUGAUAAUGAGGAAGCUACAAGGGCCUGCAAAACGACCGAUGGAUGGCUCAAAACCGGUGAUAUCGCUACUUUCGCCAAAGGCGUGUUUACCAUUGUGGAUCGAAACAAAGAACUCAUCAAAGUGAACGGGCUUCAAGUGGCACCUGCUGAGUUAGAGGCUCUUUUGCUGCAAUGUGACGGAGUGUCGGACGCCGCUGUUGUGGGGAUUAGCCUCAAUGACGAAGAAAGGCCUCGAGCAUAUGUGUCCUUGCAGCCUCGAGCUAAGGGAAAGAUAUCUGAGGAUGAUAUCGUGAAAUUUGUAGGAGAGCGGGUUGCGAAACAUAAGCGAUUGACGGGUGGUGUGUCCUUUGUCGACGAAGUACCAAGGCUUGCGAGCGGUAAGAUUUUGAGAAAGGUUGUCAAAGAGUGGGCGAAAAGGGAUACUGAAAGACUCCAAGGGAAUGUCAAAGCCAAGUUGUAACCUCUGUGGAAACAGAUUGUUCUGCGGCAUCUGGCUAGUAUUCCUAUACACCUUGAGCGAGGCAUUAUUUUGGUAUAUUCAAUUGCCUGGUGCUGAGAUGAAAUGUGGUAUAUUUCGCAAUCAGCAAUAACAAAACCAGUUAUCUUGGUUCCUGUCAGUAUACAUAGAGGAGACAAUGGAGCUGGAAUUAAGGAGAAGCUCAAAAGAAAUGUAAGAUUGUAUGUGAAAAUAGAAGCUGUAGUCUUUUGUUGUAAUGGAACUAUACUUCCUGCCUCCUCCACAGGGAGUCAUCAUGAGUAUAUGAACAAAAUCAGUGUUCCAGAACCGGGUGUUAUCUUAG